GACACCGUGAGCUUUGAGCACCCUCGUCUGCAAGUUGCUACCAUGGAGAUCAGCCGAGCUGGAGAGGCUCAGAGUAACGGCGAGUCUUGCACCACGUGGAGUGCGCUGUCCUCAGGGCGCACCGCCUCCAUCCGCAGCAAAUCGCCACAAUCAAUCCUGGCUCUCUUUGGCCCUCAAAUGACCCACCGGGAGAAGCUGGAGCUUGUCGCCAUACAGGAAGUAUGGUACUUUGCGCUCCGCAACAGAUCCCGGGGACCAAACAACGAUGGAUACGACGACCACGAACAUCAUUACAUUCCGGUCCAGCAUGAGCACCUCCACUACUGCUAUGAGGUGCUGAAGAAGAUUGGGUACGGAGGUCAAGGCCAGGUGAUCCGGUGCCUUGACCACAUGAGGAACACCCUGGUGGCCGUGAAGAUCUUGGUAUCACCAUUGAGGUAAGAAUUCAGAGCGGUGUUGUCACAAGGACGACGUUGUUGUUCAGUCCUUUGCUGUGGGCGGCCGUGUGAUGAGGUGGUGACAACUCGUGCCUCACAGAGGGUAGAU